UAUAUAUAUAUAUAUAUUGGACAGUUUCUUUUGUAUAUUAUAUGACUUUAUAAACUCCAACAACAAUGUGCUUCUAUUUUUUGUUUCAGGCUAAAUCUACCCAAGACGUUGGCUGUCAGACUGAUUUAGUAAUCUGCAAAAAUGCACUUGUCCAGGCUCAUGUAAAGCCUUAUCGACGUAGCAAAGCCACACAGUUUAGAGCUCCCAGCCGCAGUGUGUCUUGUGACACAGGUACCGUGACGGAAAUUCAUCUUCCACAAAGUCCCAGAGCUGCGUCCACACCCCUGAAAAGACCACGAUAUGAGGUGUCUGUUGUUGAUCCCAGCUUCCACCUCAAUGACAGUGCAAGCUCAGUGAACUGUUCAAGCUCUUUCACUGAGGUCCAUCCACAAAAGGACAAGAAGUACAUUGUUCAUGAGAAACAGUUGCUGGGGCUGUUCAGAAGGUGUCCCGUUUGUACCGGUCGUUGUGUUGUGAACACGACAACAGUCGGCACACUGCUCCGUGUGACACAACGGUGUUCAUGCUGUGAGCACUACAAUGAAUGGUCCAGUCAGCCCAUGGUGAACAGCAUCCCAGCAGGAAACCUCCAGCUCUGUGCUGCUGUCCUUUUCACAGGAUCAUCAUUUAGCCAGAUUUCUAAGUUCCUGGGUGCCUUCAAUGUGCAGGGACUGUCCAAGCAGUCAUUCUGUCGGCAUCAGGCAAAGCUCUUAAUUCCAACAGUGAGCUGGCAGUGGCAGCUAGAGCAAGCUGAUAUCAUCCAGGAGGCUACUGAAUCUGGACCUGUGACUCUUGGUGGUGACAUGCGAGCUGAUUCACCUGGACACUCAGCCAAAUAUGGCAGCUACACCAUGAUGGAUCUCAAAAGAAACAAAGUUAUUGAUAUCCAACUUGUACAGAGCAAUGAAGUUGGGAAUAGUGUGCGAAUGGAGAAGGAGGGAUUUGUGAGAAGUCUGAGCACACUUUUGGAGAGGGGGGUCGAUGUGCAGCAAGUCGUGACUGACCGCCACACAGGAGUGCAGAAGUAUUUGAGGGAGGAAAAAAAGGAAAUCAGUCACUACUUUGACCCCUGGCACAUGGGAAAAGGAAUUGGUAAGAAAAUCGAAGAGCUGGGGAAGAGAAAGACGACCCAGGAUGUGAGACUGUGGAAGCAAAGUGUGGUGAACCACCUCUACUGGUCAGCAUCCAGUUCCUCCUCAGGACAGGAGGCAGUUGCAAAGUGGACUUCAGUUGCCAACCACAUCCAAAAUGUGCACAGCCAUGACAACGCCCUGUUCCCUAGCUGUCUGCAUGCACCUCUGGAUGGAGAACAGGCAAGACAGUGGCUCAAACCAAGCACAGCAUCAUGUGAGAAGCUCACUGCCAUUCUGUUAGCUCCACGGUUUGUGAAGGACGUAGAGAAGAUAAGCCCUCAGUACCACACAUCCACCUUGGAGGCUUUCCACAGUCUCAUCAUCAGAUUUACUCCAAAAAGUCAAGUCUUCUCCUUCAAAGGAAUGCUGUCUAGAUUACAAAUUGCUGCAAUGCACUAUAAUGAAAAUGCAGCACGCUCACAUGCAGCAACAGCAACUGGUGAGCUGAGAUAUGCUGUAGUGUACCCAAAGUACAAACGUGGAGACUACACAGUGAGAGCCCUGAAGACCAAUCCAACCUCAUUAUAUGUGCACAAGCUUAUGGACCUGCUGUUCGACUCUGUGGUGGUGGAUCCUCUCCCAUAUCAGGAGUACUCGGACAAAAUUACGGUUCCAGAACCGCUCUGUGCCCAGUUCCAAAGACCAGAUAAACGGGAUGCUGUGAGCAGGCACAGGUCCAGGUUUUAA